GCAUUAUUUGGAAAGGUACUUUUAACUUAUAAAAUGUAACUUCCGGCGUUGCGAGGCUCCCCGGAAUUAGCCGUUUGUUUACACAUUUCUUUGGCUUUCAGGAGCAUCGUUGAAGCAGUGUGAGGAGAAACUAAAGCAGCAGCGUUGGAAAGUCUGACUAUUUACCUCAAAAAUGCCCUUGUUUGGCAACAUUUUCAGUCCCAAAAAAACACCACCUCGGAAAUCUGCAUCCCUUUCCAAUCUACAUACACUGGAUCGGUCAACACGGGAGAUUGAAUUGGGUCUGGAAUAUGGAUCUCCGGUGAUGAAUAUUGGCGUCCAGAGCUUAAAAUUUGAAGAUGGCCAGUGGAUUUCAGAGUCAGGAGGUAAUGUAUCAGGAAAAGAGGUACAGCGACUGAAGAAAAGGAAUCUACAGUUAGAAGAGGAGAAUAAUCUCCUCAGGCUAAAGAUUGAGGUUCUUCUUGAUAUGCUUUCAGAGUCAACAGCAGAAACACAUCUAAUACAGAAGGAACUUGAAGAUGUGAGGAGUAAUUCUCGGAGAAAGAAGUGAUGAAAGGAAAUAAAGGGGAUUCAGUCUUUUUUUAUGUGUAUAUACAGUAUAGGGAUUUUACAAUGAAAUUGGUGGAACUAUUGC